ACGGCGGGACUUCCGGUCCCAGCAGCCGUCCCUCCUCUCUCCACUCCGGCGGCUCCAGUCGGACCUCCCCGGUACGGAGAGCCUCCUCCCCCGUCCCGAACAGCAGCAGACGCCGCUGAACACGAACGGAGCCAGUCUGCGCAGACUUUUCCCCAAAGUCUGUCGGAUUCAGUUUGAACUUUGAGCAUUUUUUUUGUCCAUAAAGAACGGUUCCGUUUGUUUCUUCUUGUUUGUUGUGAGGUGGAGCUCAUCUGCAGUCAGACUCCGGCGCGCGCGUCCACAUCGAACAGGGAGUCAUUGUUAAAUGGGAUUUUAUCUGAUGCUGAGGUUUAUCUGCACCGAGGAGGUUUAGAAGCUGACAUCCUCUGGACGGGUUAAAUCUCCUGAAGCCGAGACCGAUGGAAAAUGGAGAGAGGCGGACCGGGAUGUGACUCCAGGUGAGAAGAUAAAGCAAGUCUGCAACUGAACAGCACUCGAAUGCGGCUAGUGGGAGCAGACAGGAUCAGUACAGAACAAAAUCAUGCGCCUUUCAGCAGAAGACGACAGUAAUCAGACAUCUCUCUGACUGUGCAUCAUUGUGGCUGAUCAAACAUCACAGAGUUUCUGCCAUGCUACAUGGGAAGGCUUUGCACUCCUUCCAGGUCUUCCUCCUGACUCUCGCCGCCUCCUCUCUUAGUAACUGUCGUUCAUACCCCCGGUUUUCUCGCAAUGACACUGAAUUCCAGCACCUGGUGCUUCACCCGGAUCCCCUCGUGGAGCGGGUGUACAUUGGGGCGAAGGACCACCUUUUCCAGCUGGACGGAUCCAAUGGGCUUCAGCUGGAGCAAGAGGAGACCACGGGUCCGGUGAGCGACAGCAAAGACUGCCUUCCUCCGGUCACGCAGCUCAACUGUCCUCAGGCCAGAAGAACCAGCAACCACAACAAACUGCUGCUGGUGGAUCCAAAGGCGCAGGAGUUGAUCACCUGCGGCAGCGUCCAUCAGGGAACCUGCCAGAAACGAAGCUUGGCGUCUAUCAGGGAGGUUCUGUUCUCCACAGAGCGGCCUGUAGACACCCAGUACGUCGCUGCCAAUGAUCCUUCAGUGUCCACAGUGGGGCUGGUGGUGGCGCUCGAGGGCGGGGGGAGGACCGUGAUGUACGUGGGUCGGGGCUACACCGCCAGCCAUCCGCCCAUCUCCACCCGCCACCUUUCAUCGGAACCCGUCUUUUCCUACGAGGACACGGCUAAGCUGGCCGUCGCCGGGCGCCUGUCGGAAUAUGACCAUCACUUUGUGACGGCGUUCACUCGCCGCUCAUAUGUCUACUUCCUAUUUUACCGCCGCGACAUCAAGUCCGUCUCAAGGGAGUACCGUACCUACGCUGCCCGGGCGUGCCUGGAGGACUCCUCCUACUAUUCCUAUGUGGAAAUCCCUCUGGUGUGCAGAUCUUCCUCCUUCCCUUCCAGGAAUUACAAUCUGCUUCAGGCAGCCCAGGUGGGGCAAAGCAGAAGCCUGCAAGGAGAAGACCUCCUGGGAGUCUUCUCCACCCGCAGCAGCUCCACAAACGGUGGCUUGGAAUCCUCGGCUUUGUGUGUUUUCCCUCUGGAAGACCUCGACAGACACAUCGACUCCACCCGGGACCUCUGCUACACCCAAGACGGGCAGGUGGAGGGUCGAGGGGAGGUGGCCUACAUCGAGUAUGAGGUCAAGUCCAGCUGUGCCAAUCUGCCUCCGAACACCCUCAAGGCGUAUCCAUGUGGGUCUGACCACACCCCCAGCCCGAUGGCCAGCCGGGCGCCCCUGGAAGCCACGGCCUCAUGGCACACCUCAGCCGCCCGUCUGACUGCUGUGGCCGUCAGCGUGGCAGAGGGACACAGCAUCGCCUUCCUGGGAGACUCCAAAGGAAACCUUCAUAAGGUGUACCUGGGAGAAGACGGUGCGGUGGAGGUUUACGAACACACCACCGUGCAUCCCAACUCCCCCAUCAGCAGUGACCUUCUACUGGACCUGAAUGGAUCCCACAUCUACAUCAUGACCAAAACGGCAUUGGAGAGGCGUCCAGUUGCUGAAUGUGGUGAUCACCUGGACUGUCAGUCCUGUCUGUCUGCCAGAGACCCGUACUGUGGUUGGUGUGUUCUGGAGGGCCGGUGUGGCCAGCGAUGGGAGUGCCAGCGAGGAUCUGUGCACGGCCAGUGGUUGUGGAGUUUCAACCAGACACAGCAGUGCCUCAGCAUCCAGCACCUGAACCUGUACAACAUCAGCCUGGGGGAGAUAACUGGUGUGGCGGUCUCUGUAGACGGCCUCCCCAGCCUCAAACAAGGAGAAGCGUACUCCUGCUUCUUCCAGGACACAGAAACUCCGGCUCUGCCCAUAUCCUCUGGCGUGAUUUGUUCGACUCCAGAUGCAAGCAGUCUGCCCCCGAUUGCCCCAGGAGAUGACUUCGUCAUGGUGACCCUGUCGCUGCGAUUCAUCAACGUGACCGUGGCAGAAACAGAGUUCACCUUCUUCAACUGCAGCCUGGUCCAGGAGCUGUCAGGACGCAGGCCAUGCCAAGGAUGCAUCAGCAGCCGAUGGGGCUGCAACUGGUGCAUCCACGAGCACGUCUGCACACACGAACGCAGCUGCAGCCGCGGAGUCACCAUCUACAACAGACACUAUAAAACACAAACACCCACCAUCCCUCCACCCACCACUAAACCUCCUCCAUCACCUCUUUCUGUUCUCACGGCUCCAACAACACCACCACCAGGGGGCGCUAUAAUAACUAAACCCCCCCUCACCGAGACGCCUACCCUUAUUGCCACUACAAAUGCACCACCCCUCCCCUCGUCCCCUCCCCCCAGCUCCUCUAGUACCUCCCCUUUCGCCAGGACCUCCACCCAGUCCACCACCCUGCUCAGUGAUGUCAUCACCACCACCGCUGAGGUUUCUGAUGCUGAGGGAGCAACAGAAGGAGCUGGCGGCUCCUCAGAAAGAGACUCAAACAUCCCAACUGUGACAGAUGAGACUCCCCGCACUACAUUACCCAGCAGUACUAGCAGCCACAACGAGUCUCUCUUAAAAUUUCCAGAGCCCUCUUCUUCUGCCAUAAGCUCAACCACUGCCAGAGAAGCUGCUCCUUUGACCCUCCCAUCCAACUGUCAAGACGAGGAGAGCUCUCCUCUCUCCUCCCACCAGGAGGAUGUCUCACCGCCGCCGUCGAACGGAUGGCAGGAGACAGAAGGACCGGCCGCGGUGGAGAUGGCUGCAUCUGUUAAGCAUUCGUUGGUCUUCACGCCAUCACCUGAAACGGGGUCUCACCUUGACCCUGGACCUGCAGCGCCUGUGCAGUCGGAUUCUCCGUCUGCGCUCUUUGUUCCGGAAUGCCCGUGUGUGGAAAAGGUCCAGGAUUCCUCUCUCCUCCCCGUCAACGUGGAGAGGAAAAUCCGGCUGGUGGGCCAGCACCUCAACCUGUUCCAGGAUGACAGUAUGGACUACGAGUGUGUGUUGGACAUUGAGAAUCAGUCGGUGGUGGUGGAGGCCGCGGUGGAGCAGGAUGUCUCCCAGCCGUCCAUCUUCAUCAUCACCUGUCUUCCUCACCAGUACGAUUAUUUCCUCUCCGUUGAGGAAUACCUGGCCACCAUCAACGUGAGGAGGAAGAACAACUUCCUCAUCGACAGCGCGGAGGAUCUGUACGUUACUCUCUUCAACUGCUCGGUGGGACGGUCCGACUGCAGCCGAUGUCGCACCGCCGACUCCAAGUACGGCUGCGUUUGGUGCGGCGGCGCCGGAAGCUCUCGCUGCGUGUUUCAGGACUCCUGCACGGAUGAGAUCAAGCACAGCUGUCCCGCUCCGGUCAUUCACUUUCUGGACCCCGUUUCAGGCCCCGUGGAGGGGGGCACGGUGGUGACCAUCUCAGGAUCAAACCUCGGGCAGAGAGCCCAGGACGUCCAAAGCUCGGUCACCGUGGCCGGAGUGCCGUGCAGCGUCAUCCUCAGCAGAUAUGAAGUGUCUUCAAGGAUAGUGUGUGAAACGUCCAGCAGCGAGGAGGAGAGGAGGGGCCACGCCUCCGUGGAAGUGAGGGGAGGAGGAGGACUGGGUGUGUCGGCGCAGAUCUUCAGCUUCCAGGACCCCGUGCUCAGCAGUAUUUACCCCCAGAGGGGGCCAAAAGCGGGGGGGUCAUACCUCACUAUCAGAGGUCGCAGGUUGAGGACCGGACACCCGAGUGAAGUCAGCGUCCUCAUCGGGGGCGUGCCCUGCCUGGUGCUCGACAUCCAGGACGACCUCAUCAACUGCCUGAGCCGGGGCAGCAACAGGACCGGGAUGCACAACAUCACCGUGCGCUUCGGGGGAGCAGAGCGCCACCUUCAGGGGAUCAUGUACCGUUACACCCCCAACCCCAACAUCACCGACGCCAAACCGUCCAGAAGCUUCCUCAGAGGCGGCAGAAUCAUUCGAGUCUCUGGUCAGAACCUGGAUGUGGUCCAGGAGCCGAAAAUGAGGGUAACCCUCAGUCCCCCAGAUGCUCUUCCUCCCAGAAGGAGGAAGAGGAGCGACAGCAGGAGGAUCCUCGGAGGGCGGGAGGAGCGGAGUCCGCUGAAGAGAUGGAGGCGGAUCGUUCCGGAGGCGGGCUGCCCAGACGGGGCGCUCUGUCACGUCAAACAGUACGAAUCUCGCUGCACAGUGAACAGCUCCUCCCUCAUCCUGUGCCCGACCCCCGCCGUGGGGCCGGAGGCUCAGGGAGCCAGGGUGAAGGUUCACUUCCUGCUGGACAGCCUCCAUUUUGACUUCAGCACUGUAGGCAACGGAGCGUUCAGCUAUGAGCCCGACCCGAAGCUCCACCCGCUCAACCAGAACGACCAGAGCAAACCGUACCACCACAAACCGGGCAGCAUCAUCUCCGUGGAGGGAGAGUUCCUGGAUCUGGCCAUGUUCAAGCACGAGGUGGAGGCUCGGAUCGGCGACGGCCUGUGUGUGGUGAAAACCCUGACCCACAACCACUUGUACUGCGAACCUCCGGCCCAUCAGCCCAGCAGGAAGCAGGACGGCAUGGACAGCCUGCCGGAGUUCACCGUGAAGAUGGGAAACCUGAACUUCUCCCUGGGCAGAGUUCAGUACGACACCCAGCCUCAGUCCACGUUUCCUCUGGAGGCUCAGGUGGGAGUGGGGGUGGGAGCGUCCAUCGUGGCUCUGAUUGUCCUCAUCAUCGUCCUCAUCUACAGGAGGAAGAGCAAACAGGCCAUGAGAGACUACAAGAAGGUGCAGAUCCAGCUGGAGAACCUGGAGACCAGCGUUAGGGACCGCUGCAAGAAGGAGUUCACAGACCUGAUGACGGAGAUGAUGGACAUGUCCAGCGACUUGGUCGGUUCAGGGAUCCCCUUCCUGGACUACAGAGCGUACGCAGAGCGCAUCUUCUUCCCGGGCCACCAGGAGUCGCCCUUGAGACGAGAUCUAGACAUCCCAGAAAGCCGGCGGCAGACCGUGGAGCAGGGCCUGGUCCAGCUCUCCAACCUGCUCAACAGCAAACUCUUCCUCAUCAAGUUCAUUCACACUCUGGAGGCCCAGCGCACCUUUUCCCCCCGAGACCGGGCCUACGUGGCAUCGCUGCUCACUGUGGCCCUGCACGGCAAGCUGGAGUACUUCACAGACAUCCUGAAGACGCUGCUGAACGAUCUGGUGGAACAAUACGUGGCCAAGAACCCCAAGCUGAUGCUGAGAAGAACUGAGUCUGUGGUUGAGAAGCUUUUGACCAACUGGAUGUCCAUCUGUCUCUACACGUUUCUGAGGGAAUCUGCAGGAGAGUCCUUCUACAUGCUGUUCAGGGCCAUAAAGCACCAGGUGGACAAGGGACCCGUCGACGCGGUGACGGGAAAAGCCAAGUACACGCUCAACGACAACCGGCUGCUGCGAGAGGACGUGGAGUACCGCACGCUGACGUUAAAUGUUGUGAUGCCGGCGGCAGAUGCCAGCGGAGGCUCCACAGUGCAGACGGUUCCAGCUAAAGUCCUGGACUGUGACACCAUCACCCAAGUGAAGGAGAAGGUCCUGGAACAGACCUGGAAGGGGACUUCAUACUCUCAGCGCCCGCACAUCGACUCGCUGAACCUCGAGUGGCGGGCAGGGGUCGCAGGCCACCUGAUCCUGUCAGAUGAAGACCUGACAUCCGUACUGCAAGGUUCUUGGAAGCGCCUCAACACGCUGCAGCACUACAAGGUCCCCGAUGGAGCCACGGUGGCCCUGGUCUCCAGGAACAACAAGCACCUCCUCCAUGACAGCCACGAUUACAUGCCUGGAGAAAAGACCCCCAUGCUGGACGACGGGGAUGAAGGAGGCGUGCGACUGUGGCAUCUUGUGAAAGCCGGCGAGGAGCCUGAGAUGCAGAAACACAGGAGAGGCAGCAUGAGGGAGCGCGGCGGGGAGAGAGCCAAGGCCAUCCCGGAGAUCUACCUGACCCGUCUGCUCUCCAUGAAGGGAACGCUGCAGAAGUUCGUGGACGACCUGUUCACCGCCAUCCUCAGCACCAGCCGCCCCGUGCCGCUGGCCGUCAAAUACUUUUUUGACCUGUUGGACGAGCAGGCUCAGCAGCACGGCAUCACGGACGCGGAGACCAUCCACAUCUGGAAGACCAACAGUUUACCCCUGCGGUUCUGGAUCAACAUCCUGAAGAACCCUCAGUUCAUCUUUGACGUGCAGACGUCGGACCACGUGGACGCCGUCCUGUCCGUCAUCGCGCAGACGUUUAUGGACUCCUGCACCAUCGCCGACCACAAGCUGGGCCGGGAUUCUCCCAUCAACAAGUUGCUGUACGCCAGAGACAUCCCACGCUACAAACAGAUGGUGGAGAGGUACUACACCGACAUCCGUCAGACCAUCUCUGCCAGCGAUCAGGAGAUGAACUCGGCUCUGGCGGAGCUCUCUCGUAAUUACGCACCGGAGGUCAACUGCCUUGUGGCGCUAAACGAACUCUACAAGUACAUCAACAAAUACUACGAUCAGAUCAUCACGGCUCUGGAGGAGGACUGCACGGCUCAGAAGAUGCAGCUGGGUUACCGGCUCCAGCAGAUCGCUGCCGCUGUGGAAAACAAGACUGAGGGAAGACCCGAGGAGAUGGUUGGAUCCCUCAUGUUCCGUUCUUCAGCGUGAAGAAAGUUGGCUUUUCCUGUUGAGAUGGAUUUCCAGACUAAAACCGGAGCAGAGCAUUCCUGCCGUGAUUCCAAACGUCCAUCCUCAGUGUUUGGGCUUUAGCGUGGACAGUCAUGGACUUUGAAGUCUUACAGACUCGCACAAACCUGCUUCUGUCUUACUUGCAUUCUUGUUUACGUUGAUCUAAAAGUCUCCUUUCCUCUGAUGGUGACUACAGCUGACGUGAAUCGUCUUUGCUUAUCUUUGAAUAAACUUCCUGUUUUUCCCCCACAUAUUUACCCAAAACAAUAAUCAGAACCUCUUUGAGAUCAGAUUCAUUAAUAUCCGUCCCAGUUUUUAUCAGGUGUGGGUGGACGGAAACACCUGAUUACAAAGGAAAAGAUGUGACACAUUUCUUAUAUUUGUGCUUUUUUACAAAUGUUUUUGUCGACUUUUACCGUUUUUUUAUUUUUCAUAUUCGCUCUGAAGCACAAAAAAACCUCCUCACCGUUAACUGAAAUGUAGCUGCUGCUCUAAAACGCCACACUGGAGCUUCUUUUGAUUGUUUUGCAAUUUUAAUUUAUUGUUUAUUUAUUUGAUCAGAGACUAUUGGUUGUUUUGUUCCAGCGCCCCCUGUUGGUCAGAGUUACAUUUUCUUUCUAUUUCCACUUCAACAUUUUUUUAAUCACAGUUUUUUUGACUUUUCAUGUUUGACAUUUUAAAUAUUGUUGGAAGAUUCGCAGAUGUCUUGCGUAACUUGUACAUUAAUGACUUUCUAUUUUUUGCCGUCGCACAUAGGAUGCUUGCACGUCUGUUUGCUCUGUAGAUAAACGCUGUUCCUGGUAAACUGUAGCGUCGUCUAACGGAUAGGAUGAGCCUAACAGCAGCUUACUGUGAUGCAAUAAAGCGCUCCAUGAACUGUGGUGACCUUA